GAGGUGCUUGAAGUUGCACAUACAUAUGGGUUCAAGCUAGUUCCUGUCAGCAUUUCUCUCUUUACUAUGAGCUCAAGUUUGAGGAAAAGAAGAAACAGAUCAGGCGUUUGACGAGUGGAGACAGACGGGGCAGACACAUAAUUUAGGCCAAGGAUAGAAGCCAAGGAUAUAGAAGCUCCAUUCUUGUGAUCCAGUCCUUGUGUAUCAUGUUCUACUACUCUAGCUCAAAGCCUUUAUUACUGGUUGUCCUCAUCGUGCUGUUCAACGGACACAACUGGGCAGAUAAAGUGGUAGGAAUCAUAGGUCAUGAUAUCACCAUCCGCUUCUCAUUUCAGAACACGUUCAAAGCAUCUGGUAAUCGGUCAAUUAGUCUUUACAAAAAUUCUGUAAAGAUCGGUGAAUGUAAUCAUGAUGUGCACAGCUGUUGCUCACAAAGCCACCUCUGCAUCUCUGAGAAUAAAGAGUUCUUUUUCUUCAUCCAAAAUCUGACAUCAGUUGACAACGGAACAUAUUGGAUCACGUUGUUCCAAAUCAAUAGAGAUCCUCCCAUGCUAAAAAGCAAUGAGGUGUCGCUUAUCCUUCAAUCGGAUGGUAACACCACAGAAUCCCCAUCACGCACCUCUAACGAUGAUGAUAUCAGCGACAGUGGAAACGCCAACAAUGUCUAUGUCCUGAUCAUCUUUGCUGUUUUGGGGGUAUCCAUCAUAGCUCUGUUAAUCGGACUGCUUGGUUGGUUCUGCUGGACCUACAAAAGGAGCCCAGAAGGGGACCAGCAAGAGAACCUCAAGGCCAAGCAACAGGGGUCAGGAGAGGCAUCCACCUCCAUGUCUGUGUAUUCUGUAGAAUACGGUGUGCUGGACUUCAACAGUAGACCCAAUGGAGAAGAGGGGAACACGCAUGGGAGGGAGAGGGAGGGAGGAGUGGUAAGGUCUGCAGAGACAGUGGAAUAUGCUGCAAUCACCUUUCCCCCACAACAAAGGGUGUCAUAUGGGAGAUAGUGAGUCAACUCAAACUCUAUUAAAUACAAACAGCGUUGCUUGAUUUGAACUGGAUGCCAUCAACAUAUGGAACAGGUGCUAAGAGAAUGAUGCUGCGGUUGAUGUGUCACUCUGAGGUGAUAGAUACCGUAAGAAUGGAAAUACUUAGUCCUAUAUUAAUAAAAACACCCUCCCUGUGCGGCUAUGCGUGACUGUACCCUACUGGAAAUACAACAAAAAAACGUUGUAGAUACAAUAACCCAUUUGACUGUAACACAAAUUGAAUUUUAACAUGUUUUUUUUUUUAACAUUUUUUUUAUAAAGUCAUGGAACAUUAAUUGCGUGUAAAAUUUCCGGUGGGGUUUUGCACGGAUAAACACGCUUGUAAUAGGUUAUUGUUUUCUCACAGAGUGUCAUGUUGUUUGUUUACUCUGACACUAUUUGGAUUACCAGAAGUAUCUGGGUGGGAUUUUACAAAAGAAUUAGCAUGGUCCUCUGCAAUCCAACUAAGUUCUCAUUAAAUGGAGUUUACUUGACAGAUGUAUUUUUUUUUUUGCAUCCCUCAAUGGUUUGAAAUUCACAAUGAUUGACAUACAUGUAUACUGGGAAAAUCAAGUUUCAAAGAAAUGAUUUUGUAUAAUAGGUGAUCGUAUCGCACGGAUUACAUUCUGAUCUAAUUGAGCUCUUUCACAGAUGUUGUUUUUAGAUUUAGAUGCCUCGAAGUAUGGAGGAUUUGGAGGAUUUUAAUUUGAAUGUAUCACUGGCAAUUGCUAUUAGGCAAUGUUUGUGCAGAGUUACUCUGUCCAGUGUCUGUGUUCUUUUGCCCAUCUUAAUCUUAAAUUUUUAUUGGCCAGUCUGAGAUAUGGCUUUUUCUUUGCAACUCUGCCUAGAAGGCCAGCAUUCCGGAGUUGCCUCUUCACUGUUGAUGUUGAGACUGGUGUUUUACGGGUACUAUUUAAUGAAGCUGCCAGUUGAGGACUUGUGAGGUGUCUGUUUCUCAACCUAGACACUCUAAUGUACUUGUCCUCUUGCUCAGUUGUGCACCGGGGUCUCCCACUCCUCUUUCUAUUCUGGUUAGAGACAGUUUGCACUGUUCUGUGAAGGGAGUAGUACACAGCGUUGUACGAGAUCUUCAGUUUCUUGGCAAUUUCUCGCAUGGAACAGCCUUCUUUUCUCAGAACAAGAAUAGACUGACGAGUUUCAGAAGAAACUUCUUUGUUUCUGACCAUUUUGAGCCUGUAAUCAGACCCACAAAUGCUGAUGCUCUAGAUACUCAACUAGUCUAAAGAAGGCCAGUUUUAUAGCUUCUUUAAUCAGUACAACAUUUUUCAGCUGUGCUAACAUCAUUUCAAAAGGGUUUUCUAAUGAUCAAUUAGCCUUUUAAAAUUAUAAACUUGGAUUAGCUAACACAACUUGCCAUUGGAACACAGGAGUGAUGGUUGGUGAUAA